UUGUUUGAACAGUUAUUUAUGAUAUUUUAUCCCAAAAACAAAGUUGUUUUGCAAAGUGAUUGUUGACAACAAAACACGUGGCAAACAGUGCUUUCAAUUUAGUUGAUUGUCAUUAACGGUAGUUAUUGGCCGCGCGUGCAAAACAAUGGAAAGUUUGGCCAAACAGUUGGUCACCUUUUACGACAAGAACUAUACUUAUGUGGCAAUUAUUGUGGCCGUCAUUGCCGUUGUUUUACCGAUACUCUUUUAUUACAUCUUCUCGAGAAAAUCACAACGAAAUGCAGUCAUUUUGGUCGGUCUCUCAGACGCCGGCAAAACAGUUCUCUUCAGUCAGUUGAUUGCCAAGAAGUUUGUGACAACAGUGACAUCAAUGCAACAGAUAUCAGCCUUUUUGAAGUUAACAAAUGGAAAGACCAUUGAAUUGAUAGAUAUUCCGGGCUUUGAGAGACUGCGGAUGAAAUAUUUUGACGAUUAUAAAGUUCGGGCAAAAGCUGUCAUAUUUGUCAUCGACAGCACAGACUUUGCCUCAAAUGGUAAAGAUGUGGCAGAUCUUUGUUACAACUAUUUGGUGGAUCUAUUUGUAUCAUCCAAUCGCAUACCAUUUCUGAUGGCUUGUACUAAACAAGACGAAACACGUGCCAAGUCAUCCAAAGUGAUUCAGAAACAACUCGAGAGAGAAAUUACUACCAUUCGUGAGACACGUAUCGGUGCUCUCAGCUCUACCGGUGAUGACGACUCGUUUCGGGCUAUUCUUGGAAAACCUAACAAAGAAUUUUCAUUUAAUGAUAUUAAAAAUCCUAUCGAUUUUAUUGACUGUAGUGCCGCUGAAAGCAAUACACAAUUAGAUUCAGUACUUAAUUGGAUUAAAAGUAUUGCUUAAUUUAUUUUAAUUUGUAAAAUCCAUUUAUAAACGAUGUUUUUUUUUGUAUA